AUGGAGCUAGAUGUGCAGCGAAAGGAAGGCGAGGAGUACCACAGUCAUAGUGCUUUAAAUCGAUCUUUUGCUGCUAAAACUAGAGAACUCCAUAAUAUAAUUUCAAUCUUCUUAUUCUUUCAGGACGGUAUCACAGCGCUGCACCUUGCUGUUGCUCAAGUUAAGGAAGAUGCAAUUCGAUUGCUCCUCAGUCGCAAAGCAGAUCCACUUGUACCUUAUGGGCCAAAAAAUCAGCUUCCUAUUCAUAUUCUUUGCUCAAAAGGACGAGGAUCUGCAUCAGCGACUUUAAGUAUUCUACUUCGUAGUGGUAGCAAAGAUAUGAGACUCAUUAAGGACAAAGAUGGAAAAAUUCCACUCUUUUUGGCUGCCGAAAAUGAUAACAAUAGUUUAUGCCGAGAACUGCUUACUGCGCUUGCUAAGGAACAAUUGAGGUAUAGUUUAGAAGAUACUGGAGAUACAGUUAUGCACAUAGCCACGAGACGAAGAAACGGAGAGUUGCUGCGUUUGCUACUUAACAGCGGAGGAAAUGUUGAUGCUCAAAAUCACGAAGGUUUAACGCCGCUGCAUGUAGCAUGUGAAAAUGGUGAUGCAGAAAUCUUAAAAGUAUUUUUUCAGUUUCGUGCAAAUGCCAAUAUAACUGAUAGCCAAGAUCGUACUCCUCUGCAUAUAGCUGCUGAAAAAGGCUACAGUACGAUUGUGGAAACUUUGGCUGACAAAUUUAAAGCCUCAAUUUUUAAACGAACAAAGGAUGGUAGGACUCUAAUGCAUAUUGCAUCAGAAUCUGGUCAUCAAGAAACCGCAUUAGUCUUCCUAAAGAAAGGAGUUCCUCUUCACAUGUCUAACAAAACUGGAACAAAAGCUAUCCAUACAGCUGCUGCCCAUGGUUUUGUUGAAGUAAUCCGAAAUUUGCUAGACAGAGGAGAAAAUGUUGAUGCGACAACUCCAGAAAACUUUACAGCGCUGCAUUUGGCUGUGCAAGCUAAUCAACCUGAAGUUGUUGAAAUCUUAUUGGGCCAUGGAGCAAAUGUCCAAAUGAAAGCAGGAAAAAAUGGAGAAACUGCUUUACAUAUGGCUGCAGGCGUAAUCGAUGGUCAUAAAUGCGCAGAGCUUAUUAUUAAAAGUGGAGCAGAUGUGAAUGCAAGAAAUGAAGAGGGUGAGACACCUUUACACAAUGCUGCUCGUCAUGGUCAGUUGAAAACUGUAAAUCAGUUGCUAGAAGAUGGUGCAGAACUGGAUAGUUUAUCUAAGCAUGGAGAGAGCGUUUUGCAUGUUGCCGUCAAAAACUGUCAUUAUGAAAUAGCGAAAAGUCUUGUUCUUCAUAAAAAGUCUAAAGUAUCAGAAAUCCAGCUAAUUAAUUAUAUUAACCAACCCAAUAAAUGUGGAGAAACGGCAACACAUUAUGUUUCUUCAAUUAAUAAAGAUCAAGUCCAUUAUCCAACAGAGGAUAAAGAUCUUAUAGCUUUGAUGCUUCAAAAUGGAGGUAGCGUAACAACAGAAACGCAAAAAAAUCAGGAAACACCCAUUCAUUAUUGCUGCAGAGUAGGAAAUGAAGAUAUCUUAAAAGAAAUCAUCGCACGAUUACCCGCUUCAAAACUUCAAAUUGCAUGCAAUAAACAGGCAGCAAAUGGCUGGUCACCUUUGUUAUAUGCUUGUGAUUCAGGGCAUUUCCUUGUUGUUCAAAUGCUGCUGCAAAAUAGUGCUAGAGUAGAUGUUUUUGAUACAGAAGGUCGUGCGGGACUUCAUUUGGCUGCUGAGCAUGGUCAUGCAGAUGUUAUCGAAAUUCUUUUAAAUCACAAAGCUUUCGUUAACGUGCGAACGAAAAAAGGCAUGACGCCUCUACAUCAUGCUGCAGCACAAGGCCAUACAAACGUUGUUAAACUUCUUGUUUCGAAGUAUGGAGCAGCGAUAGAUGGCCUUACGUUGAGUAAGCAAACUGCUCUUCAUUUAGCUGCUCAACAAGGGCGUUAUGAAACAUGUCGACUGUUACUUGAUUUGAAAGCAGAUCCCAAUGCAACUGACAAUAGAGGCCAGACUCCACUUCUGCUAGCAGCUGAAAACGAUCACUCUGAAGUUGUGAAGCUUUUCCUUCAACUCAAACCUGAUCUUGUGACGAAAGCUAGUUCGAGUGGAAUCACUUGUGGACACAUAGCAGCCAUGAAAGGGAGUGUUGCGGUUAUUAAAGGCCUUAUGAAAUUUGAUCCGAAACUUGUUACAACUGCUAGAAGUAAAAAUAAUUCUACAGCUCUUCAUCAAGCUGCAUCUGGUGGAAAUGCCGAAGUAGUUCAAGUGCUAUUAGAGGCUGGUGCUAAUCCCACAGAUGAGACAGAUGAAGGCUACACUGCUCUGCAUAUAGCAGCUAAAUAUGGUCAUGUAGAAGUACUCCAUGCUUUAAAAUCUGCUAUGUCUUGGAGGUACGCUAGUAAAAAGACUGGUCUCACAGCUCUGCAUAUAGCGGCUAGUUACGGUCAAGAAGAUUUUGUAAGAGAGAUGCUAACUCAAGUUCCAGCUACAAUAACUAGUGAAAAGCCAUCAGAUAAUCCAGAUGCUGAUUAUGGCUUCACACCACUGCAUAUGGCAUCUCGUCAUGGUAGAGAAGAUGUUGUGAGAAUGCUUCUCAACAGCGCAGGAGUUCAAGUAGAUGCAUCUACAACUGUUGAAGCCACAAUGCCUCUUCAUUUAGCAGCUAAAGGUGGUCAUUUAGCAGUUGCAGGCUUGAUUCUAAGCCGAAUAACUGAUAAAUUUCAUUCAGGAGAUAAAAGAGGACGAACGCCACUUCAUAUGGCUGCAGCGAAUGGUCAUGAAGAUAUUGUUCGCUUACUUCUUGGUCAGGGAGCAGACAUCAAUGCAGCUGACAAUAAUGGUUGGACUGCUCUUCAUUAUGCAGCCAAACAAGGCUACCUCGAUAUGAUUCAGCUCUUGAUUGACAGCGGGGCUUCAUCAAUAGCAUCUGCAACAGACGGAAAGAUACCUUUAAGUAUUGCAGCGAAUGCCAAUCAUUUAGAUGUUUUGCGAUACCUCUUCAAGAGAGAGCACAACACCGUGACACUUAUGGAAGAUUCUUCGUUUCUUGUUGACCUUAUGGUAUGCGGGAAACUUCAUGACCAUCUUCCCUUACUGGAAUUUGUUUUCGUCUCCCCUGCACCAAUCGACACUGCCGUCAAGAUGUCCCGUCGCUACGAGGAUUUAGCCCAAAGGGAAAAAGAAAGAGCAAGAGACUUAGAGACAAUUUCAGUAUUUUGUGAAACACUAGCUUCUGACCUUUUAGCUAUUGCAGCUAGUAAUAAUACUGCAGGUAUACUCCUCCAAGCUGGAGAUCAUAAAAAUACCGUUUUUCUUGAUGUGCUCAUUGAAUUAGAGAGAAAAGACGUUGUUGCACAUUCUGCAGUCCAAAAAUACCUUUCCGAUGUGUGGAUGGGAAAUUUAAAAUGGCCUGCAUGGCAAAUUAUACUUCUAUUUUUAGCAUUUAUAUUUUGUCCUAUUACGUGGAUGGCUUGUUCUUUACCCCUGCAUCGCUUAGCCAAUAUACCUAUCAUCAAAUUCAUGUCGUACCUCGUAUCUCACAUUUUCCUAAUAUUUUUGCUAUGUUUUUCAAUUUUAAAUCCAUAUUUUCCUCUGUGGAACUCAACACGAUUACUUCCUCAUCCCCAUGAGUGGUUACUACUGCUAUGGUUACUGGGGUUCAUGGUUGCUGUCAAUGUGAAUCCCAAAGAGCGUGGUGGUUUAGGUUGGAUCAAACAAGUCAUAGUUACUUUCGGCAUGGUUGCUAUUAUUAUUCACCUUGCGGGUUUCUUUUUCAUCGAUGAUAACAGACUUGUGAUAUUAUACAUAAGAAAUCAACUUUUAGCUGUAUGUCUUCUUUUAGCAUUUUUUGAAUUCCUAAACUUUUUAACUUUUCAUCAUCUGUUUGGACCAUGGGCUAUUAUUAUAAGAGAUCUCAUGAAAGAUCUAAUGAGGUUUCUUGCUAUCCUCGCAAUCUUUUUAACGGGGUUUUCGUUACAUAUUUGUGCAGUUUACCAACCUGUCUUCAAUCCAGGAAACACGACCGUAGCUGUGGGAGCAGAAGUUUUCCAGUCACCAAUUGGCACAUUCGAAAUGCUCUUCUAUGCUUUAUUUGGUCUUGUAGAACCUGAUUAUAUGCCUCCAAUGCACCUAAGCCCUCCAUUUGCAAAAGUAAUCAUGAAAGUCGUUUUUGGUGUGUACAUGAUGGUAACAGUCAUAGUGCUUAUAAACUUGUUGAUUGCUAUGAUGUCAAAUACAUAUCAAAGAAUUCAGUCACAAUCGGACAAGGAAUGGAAAUAUGGCCGAGCCAAACUAAUAAGAAAUAUGAAUAUGACUCUUCCUACUCCACCUCCUCUUAAUAUUGUGACAUUCAUCCCCACCUUAAUCCAGAGAUACAAAGCGAAAAAAGCAGCUGCUAACCGAGCCGGUAGAAGUGAACCAAAACUAGAGAAAGGGACAAGUAUUCUUUGGUUGUUUGGUCACAGAGCGGCAACAACUUGGUUUAAUAGGAAAAUGAGAAAAAGACCAAUUCAAGUAUCUCCAGUUGAUUUUCGGCAGAGCGUAGAAGGAAGUCAUGGUGAUCUGCGGCCUAUUAGUUCAGUUAUUAACUGGAAAAGCAUGGUGAACAAAUAUCUUGAAAUAAAAGGCAUUGAUCUAGGAACAACACCUCAGGAUGGAAGUCAAGAAGACUGACAAUUCCUUUAAGAACAGAGAAAACAUUUAUUUUUUUGGUCUAAAUGAAAGAAAAUAAAUUUGAGAAUUAAUCUUUUUAUAUAUAUAAUCAUUUAUAUUAAUAAGGAGCUUACAUAUGCUUUAUUUGUAAUAAUUUAUUAAUGUGAACAUUCGUGGAAUGCCAGAAAGAGAACAAAUACCUCAAGUCCCAGACGUGGUCAGAUGUCAUAUUUAGUUAUAUUUUAGUUUCUCAAUGUAGUUUUCAUAAGCGUUUUUUAAGGAUUGAUAAUAAAUAGAUUUCUAUACCUGUUUCAGUUAUUUAUUUCGCAAACAAACACUCUCACGUAAUAUAAAAAUUUUAAACAAUUUAAACAUAUUUCAGUCAACAAGCAAUCGGAUCUAUAAAAUACAAAAUUUCCGCACAGUUCGAACUCUUAUUUUUUCACCCUGAAAAUAAAUCUUCAUACAACCAGACAUCGUCCUUUUCUGAACUUUCAUAUCUGAAUUAGAAACCAAGCGGACCAUUAUAAUGGUUCCUUCUAACUGGACUUGAAUGUGACAUAAAUAUUUCAUUUCCUUUUUAACAGGAUUGAAUUCAAAUAUCUCAUUUCUAGAUUUUUUUUCUCUGCACGUAAAAGAAGCUAUCAAAAACAUGCAUACCAUAUCCAGAAAGCUAUACCCUUUUGAAAAUAAAGAAAGCACGAAAUAAAGUUAUUGAGUAUAACUAUUUCUAUUUUUAAAUGUGCAUAUCUAAUGUUAUUACUCCUCAGAGGCACUCACGGCCCUGAAGCAGCUAUUAUACCCAUGUGUUGAAAAAUCCAGUUUCAUUUUCUGGAACUCUUUGUUUUGUUUGUGCAAAGCACCAUCUACUCCAAAACGUCUUUUAACUUUGUGAGAAGGUGCUAAUAGUUAGAGAGAAAUCGGGUCCGUAGGCCGAUUACCUCCAAAUUUCCCAGUGGAAGUUCGGAAGCAGAUAUUAUAUAAAAGCGAUGUGAUCAGACAGGAUGUUUUUGUGGAUUUGGGAAAAUAAUUGGUUGGCAAUAAAAAUUUCUAGAACAUGAUAAAUGCAUUCAUUAGUAGUUAACACUCAGGUGAAAGAUGAGAAUAUUAAAAAACUUGUGUCAUAAAUAAAUGCCUCAAUAAUGUCAUACAAGCCUCGUGUCUAUGUGGAAUAAAAGACCAACGCAUGUACUUUCAAAAUUAAGACAUUUUGUUCAACUAACGUCUUUUGAUCUUUGUUAUUAACAAAUGGUCACUUCUUCCAGGACGUAUGAUAUACGAUCAACAAUUUUUACUGAAGAUAUAUCAACCGAAUUUUCGGCAUUUAAAAUGACAGCAUGCCUUUUCAAAUAAAGACAAGGCAUUACUAAAAUUUUGUAUACUAUCCUGUGAAUACUGAAAUGAAUUUCUAAAGUAAUAGCUUUCGCAAUCGUAAAAUAUUAUCAGUAUUAACUACAUUAAAACUAAAUGUGACAAAUUUCUUUGGGGAAAAAGGCGAACAGCCCGAGUAAGACAGCCUGGAGCCAACGCAUAGCAUUCCAUCAAAAGAUCCCAAAGCCCAUUCUUCCAGUUUUCAUAGGGAAAAAUGUAGGAUUUAAAUUAAUACUCGUACAUAGAAAUAGUUGGGGGCUCCCUUAAAAAUGAGACUAUAGAUCUCAGCUUCAUAUGCCCAAGUAAUAAUCAAGACCUGGCAAGGCAUAGCUCUACGGAGAUCCAUCGUCAGUUGCAUGAAGUGUAAUAGCGAUGAAGCAGUUUCGUCCGAUACAAUCGCAAAAUGAUGAGCAGUGUUUAAAAAGGGUCGAACGGAUGUUGAAGACGAUUACCAACAAUGACGUCUGUUAAUUUCAGGAAUGGAGGACAAAUUUAAUCGUGGUAUUGAAUUGAUUCUAGAAAGCAGGCGAAUCAUUAUUAUUAAUCGCGGCUUAUAUUAUCAUUAUUAUUAAUCGCGGCUGAACAGGGUACUUGGAAUGGGAAUGUCUAUCAUAUUGUAGCAGAGUGUCUGUUUUCACCAAAUUUGAGCUCGAUGGGUGCUUCAUCUAAUGACAGAUCAACGUAAGGAAUGAUACUCCCGAACUGUUGCAUUUUUAUAUCAGAGUGAAAGAAUGAAAUGAUUAGUUGGACAAAAUCCUUACCGGAGACAAGUGUUAGACCCAUCACGUUCAGUAGAAAGGAAACGGUAACCGUACGAUUUCCACUUGCUUACACGUUCAGACUUAUAAAAGAACUUGAGAAGAUGAGAUACCGCUCCGAGCUCCGAGGAGGCAGUCAAAAUUGUGUCGUAAGAAGGGAGAAAAGUAAGCUCGAUGAGUAAUUUAAACAGUCUUGAACUUGUUUGUGUCUUGUUUAUUCCCGUAUUUCAGUUUCAAACCUUAACUGUCAAACAAUUAUACGUUUUAAUACAAUGUUAUUGAUUCAUCAGUAUCCAGUAAUAAAAUGCAUGAAAAACGUUUUGAUUUUGUAAAAUAAAAAAGUAUUUUAAUCACAUGCAGUUAAGAAUAUUAUGAUAACUAAGAAAACUAUUUUUUAAUUUUUAAUGGAUUUAACUAAAGCAUGCAACAUAAAGUUUUUAAGUUUAUACAUUUUAAUUUAUACUUUUCAGUCUUUAAAAUGCAAAAACGUCAGAAAAAAUGAAAAUUAUGGCCUCUAAAAGUAGGAAACUUGAAUUUAUAAUCAAUAUAACAACGAAAUAUAUAUUCAUUAAAUCCAGUCUCAUAUCAUGGUUUCAUUAAUAAUCCCCAUGAUCAAUUCCAUUUACCUCCAUGAUUUCAUUAACCGUAAAAUUAUGGGGCUCGCAAAAAUGAAAAAUUAAACUUUUUUUCUUUAAAAGUCCACCAUUUUAGCAACCGAAUAAUAGCUAGAGAAAUCGAAUGACUUUUUUUAAAUGCUUUAGACAUUUAAAAAGAUCUUUAUUUAGAAGAUUAUUCUUUUAUAUAUCUGAUGGUGCAAAUCUCGAAAUUCUUCGUUGAAAUGUUUGAUACCUAGAGAAGGAUAUAUGAGAAAAUUUCAACGCUAAAUAAAAAAUACGCGCAUCAAAUUUUGAAAAUUUUUCGGGAAUACCGUAUUUUUAUCGCAAUUACAUGUAUAUGGAAAAUUUGAAGAAAACUGAAUCGGUAGAAGGAGAUCAAAAUUACUUUCAUGAUUUGAUGGGAACAAACAGAGACGUCAAGUUAAAUAAAACAACAUAAAAUUACCUUUUUGCAGCUGUUUUUUACACAUGAAAAUAUUUGGGAAGAAUUCGUUCGUGAAAUUUUUAUCGUUUUAUUACCUGAUGUAAAAUAGCCAACCAUAGAUGACCAUUAAUAUUAUCGUGCAAAAGGGAACAAUUAACUCAUCUGAACAGCAAAAAUGAAGUUUUCAUAUUGAUCGUUCAUUGACUGAAAGACGAGAGAUCUGCAACUUUCUGUGAAAGGGAAAAAAAUUGUGUCUUUCUUUUAUAGUAAAGCUGGUAGAAAAUAUUUCGAAUCCACGGUUUAGCCCAAAAAGGGUAAUGGAUGAUAAACGCUUUAAAUGGUGCCCCUUUUCAUGAGAUUUUGUUGCAUAAAGGGGAAAUUGGUUUUACUAGAAUACGCGUGAUUUUUGCCUGGUAAGAAGCCUCACCAGUUGCCGAGUGGUUAAAGACUGCUGAAUAUUAGGAGUUGGAUCCAGACUCUAUCUCGAGCUGUUUAGGUAAAAUGGUCCUGGGGAUCAGAACAUAAGGUGAGCUACCGCUACCGCCGUAUUUAAAUUAGUGUUUGGUGUGUGUGGGUAUAGAUAUAUAUACAUAUAUAUGUACACACAUAAAUGUGUGUGUAUGUAAAAUAACUUGGUUAAUAUUUCCAAAAAUGUUUUCUUUCAACUAGUGGCCACUUUCUUUCUAGAACGAGUAGUUAAACCCUUCUCAAAUGAGUUCUAAAUAACUGAGUUUUAUGAGAUUCAGUAUGAAAGAAAAUGUGACAAGUUUGUGUGAAAUAUGUAUAAAUACUGAAUGAAGAUCACGCAAAAAAAGAUGAAUGCUUUUAUGUCAUCCCAGUCGGAAAUUUACUCUUGUCAAAUAUACUUGAAUUGAAGAUCACGUUUUUCAGCUUGUAACAUUCAACUUGAAAUUAUGAUACUCUGUAGUAAACUUUUAAAUCUUAUAUCCGCAUUCGAGUUUGAAUUCAUACCUUGCAGAACACGUAAAAUAAAAUAGAAGGUUCUUAAGACAUCAAAUGAAAAAUAAUUGCACUUAAUAACCAUCAUUUUCAAACAUUUUGUUAUCAAAAAGAGACUUUUUACUCUACUGCCCAAUAUUUAUGUUUUAUUAUGUAAAAGUUUCUCCAUAUUCUCCCCCUUUCCUCCCAGAAAUACUUCCCUAAAAGCU